AUGAGGCUGUUAAUUCUUGUGUGUCAGCUUGGCCUGAUUUUUCAGGCGGAUGCCCAGGUACCAGAAGAGUGUGUAACCAGUGAGACAAACAGAGCUCCAGAAAAUUCUGACAUACUUGUGGACUGUGGCACAGAGUAUGUGGACCUGGCAAUCUACAUUUGUCCGGUGUACCAAGCUCUUUACAACGAAACUCUGAUGGUCCUUAAUAAUCAGCUCAACAAACCUGAGUGCUUUGGGAAAGCUGACUGGACUGUUACUCCACCUGUUUUAAAAUUCAGAUUUCCCAUAAAUGAGACGUCCCUCUCGUUCUGUGGCAACAUCUAUAAGAUAUCCACACAGGUUGGAAGUGGGGAGUUUGCUGACUUCUCAAAUGUUCAGUUUGUAAACAUCUCUGGAAUUAUUACCUCUAUAGACCCCUCUGCGGGUAUGAUCACAUAUCGCCCACAGAUCUUGUACAAAUUCUCCUGCAAUUACCCAAUGCAGUACCUGUUAAACAACACUCAACUCGGCGUAUCUGGGGUAAAUGUUGCCAUAAGAGACAACAAUGGUAGCUUUAUAAGCACCUUAAGUAUGCAGCUCUACCAAGAUGCAGAAUACCUAAAUGUACUAACUAUUCCAAACACCGGCCUCAACCUUAAAACCAAGAUUUAUGUUGCAGUCAAAGCUACCAAUUUAACGGACAGGUUCAACUUGAUGCUGGACAGAUGCUACGCCACAACCAGUCCGUAUCCUAUGCUGACCACCUAUUAUGACCUUUUCGUGGGGUGUGAACGCGAUGCGCAGACAGUGGUGGAGCACAAUGGAGUCUCACAGAAUGCCCACUUUUCUUUCGAGGCCUUCCGAUUUGUGGAGCACAAGAAUCUGACCGUGUCUACCUUCUUCCUGCAUUGUGCCACCAGACUCUGUGAGGCAUCCACGUGCAGCUCGCUCCUGCCGGACUGUACCGGUAGUCAAAGCAGGAGAAGAAGGGAAGCCGAGGACGUGCCGACUAACACUACAAUCACCUCUCCGCCCAUAAUUGUGGGCAAAAAGAGUGCCGGUGCGUAA